AGCGUGGCAGAGCUUCGAGUUUCCGACGGACACGUUACUCCCGGGCAUGAAGAUAGGAUGGGACCUGACGACCGGGAGCAACUACAACCUCACGGCAUGGACGAGCGAGAGCGACCCGGCGCCGAAUGGCUACACGAUGAGCAUCGACCAGAGCGGCGACCCGCAGUUGGUUGUAACGGACGGCCCGCGACUGCACUGGCGAGGCGGCCCGUGGAACGGCAACCGGUUUAGCGGCAUCAGUGGCGUGCAACGCUACCGCACCAUCGGCUUCGGCUUCAACUACGUGGCGAAUCCCCACCAACUCUUCUUCUCCAUGUACUUGAACGACACAUCGAUCAUCGAUAGGCUUGUGAUGAACACCUCAGGCGCCGUGCAGCACUACAUCUGGAUCGAAGACCGGCAGAUAUGGUCGCUUGAGGGGUUCGUGCCGCAGGAUGAAUGCGACAGCGUGGCCCGAUGCGGCCCCAACGGCGUCUGCUACCCGGGCGGGUCGACGAUGUGCACGUGCCUGCAGGGCUUCACCAGUCCGAAUAACAGCGUCGAAUUGGACGGCUGCGUCAGGCUCACGGCAUUGGACUGCGUCAACGGCGCCGAUGGGUUCGUGGCGCAGAUCAGCGUGAAGCUUCCCGACACGUCGACGGCGACGGUGGACUGGAGUAUGGUGAGCCUCGACGAGUGCAGGGUCCGCUGCUUUAGGAACUGCUCCUGCACCGGCUACGCGCAGGCCAACGUCAGCGGCAGUGGCAACGGAUGCGUUCUCUGGUGGACCAAUCUACUGGAUAUCAAGUCCAACGACGGCGGAACAGGGCAGGAUCUCUUCGUCAGAGUAGCAGCAGCCGAUCUCCCAAGCACAUCGGCAAAGCCUGGUCAUGGGAGUCGUGUGGUUGCAGUCAUUGUGGCCCCUGCUCUGGCUGUUUUUCUACUGGCAUUCAUUGUUUAUUGGACUUGCUGGAGGAAGAAGAAACAUGGCAAUUAUUUUGAUGAUGAGACUCAAGAGGAGGAUUUGGACCUACCAAUAUACGAUCUAGACACCAUUGCAGAAGCCACCAAUAACUUCUCAGAAAGCAACAAGCUUGGACAGGGAGGUUACGGGCCAGUAUACAAAGGUAAGCUUAAGGAUGGACAAGAGAUAGCUGUGAAGAGGCUAUCGAUGACAUCAACUCAGGGUGCCCAUGAGUUCAAAAACGAGGUAACGGUGAUUGCUAAGUUACAACAUCGAAACCUUGUUCGACUUCUCGGAUGUUGCAUCGAAGCAAGGGAAAGGAUGUUGAUCUACGAGUUCAUGCCUAAUGGAAGCUUGGAUGCCCUUCUAUUUGAUAAGGCAAAAAGUGGAUUGCUGGAUUGGAAAACACGAUACAACAUCAUAGUUGGGAUCGCUCGAGGAAUGUUGUAUUUGCACUAUGACUCUAGGCUAAGAAUCAUCCAUCGAGACAUGAAAGCUAGUAAUGUUCUUCUCGACAAGGACAUGGAUCCUAAAAUAUCAGACUUUGGACUAGCGAGGGCAUUUAGAGGUGACGAUGCAGAAGUUAAUACAAUGAGAGUUGUUGGAACCUAUGGAUACAUGUCACCGGAAUAUGCUAUGAAUGGGACGUUCUCAAUGAAAUCUGAUGUAUUUAGUUUUGGUAUAUUGAUACUUGAGAUCAUAAAUGGUAGAAGGAAUAGAGGUGUUCAUAACUCUCCAUUCCAUAUGACUCUUCUUGAUCAUGUAUGGAACUUGUGGAAAGAUGGUGAAGCAUUGAAGUUUGUCGACGAAUCAAUUGUACAUUUGUUUGUAACAAGCGAGGUGUUGAGUUGUAUAAAAUGUGGACUUUUAUGUGUCCAAGAGCGACCGACAGAUAGACCAACAAUGAAUAGAGUAUUAAAAAUGCUAGACAUUGAUGUUUCACUUUUGCCAGAACCAAGUCCGCCUGGAUUUGUAAAUUUAAGAGGCCCUUUGGAGUUUGAAUCCUCAUCAACAAGUAAAUCAUACUUCGUAAUGAAUGAUGUUUCAUGAUAUUUCAGAUACAAUACUCCAAGGUCGUCGAUGGAUGCAAAACUAGUUUGAUAGUUUGGUAAUACGAUUUAAAUGUGUAUUUGUUAAAGUCUUGUAAUGUAAGGUGUUUUUCCUAAGUUGUAUUUGUAUAU